CAAAUACAACCUUCGCUGAGGUCACGUUUUUUAUUAACUCAAACCUGCAUCAAGAACUAGGGUCUGCCUAUCGGGCCCUAUGGUGUGUCCAAUCUAAGGAUUGAACAUAUUUUGGCGACCGUGACAGGACUCUUCAACAGAAGAGAGAGUGCCAUCAGCGAAGAAGAGACGCAGCGCUUAUCGUCGCCCGGCCAAUACAAGAUCGCGGCAGCCAUCCACGUGUCGGACGAUUCAAGAUAAGUGCCCGUACAUCACACCCAUACAACAGAAUCACUUUCACCUUCAUCCAAUCACCCAUCCAUUUCAUUCAUCCAUCUAUAUCCAUAAUCAUCCAAGGAUCAUACACUAUUUUUAUAGUACUCCACUACGCAUGUUUCACAUCACUCAUUUAAAUUUGCAUAUCACUCAUUACAUUUAUAUAUUAAUCACACUCUUACGUUACCAUAAUUUUAUAGCUCAUACAACAUAAUUAGUACACGCGCGCAAUUUAGGACAGUAAAUUUGUGACUGGAGACCGAUUCGCCGAUGCAACGCGAGCGCAUCGUUGACUCAUUAGUUCGUUGCAUUGCACGGGCGUAAGCAAAAUUGUUAUCGCGAUUCUUUGUUUUAAAAUUACUCAACCACCGUCACAUUUUUAGUUUUUGGUAAUUCCUGCAAUUUAAGAUGUCUAACCUUAAAGAAUUGAUUAUAAAACGUAGUAGCGUGAAGGGCCGCGUGACUAAGUUUAAAAACUACAUCUCAAAAUUCAGCAAAUCAUCCAGUUUAGACUCUUUACAGAUAGGUGAAUUAAAAAUAAAAAUAAACAAAUUCGAAUGUUUAUCUAGCGAAUUCAGUGAGUUGCAAGGUCAGAUCGAGACGUUAAACGCUGACGAGCUAGAAGACGAACUCGAUAUUCGGGAAGAGCUCGAGAAUGAAAUAGAUUCUGCCAUGUCACUCGCACAAGGCAUACUAACUCGGUUCUCGAAAAACUUUAACUUUGAAGAUGCUCACAGCAGCUCCACGCAUCAAGGGUGCGGCGGAAAUUCUCAGGGAUUAGGUUUUAAACUCCCUUUAAUCCAGGUUCCUCGUUUUGAUGGUUCGGCAUCCCGUUGGAUGCAAUUCAAAGAAAUGUUUUCCUCUCUUAUUAAUGAAAAUUCAAACAUAUUACCAAUAUACAAGUUUCAUUAUUUAGUUUCUUAUUUAGAGGGAGAUGCCGCGCGUGUCGUAAGCAACCUUGAAGUUUGCGCCUUAAAUUAUAACAAGGCCUGGAGUUUAUUAUGCGAGCGAUAUGACAACAAAAGGCAAUUAAUUAAUAGUCACCUCAACGCCUUAUUCAACAUCGAACCACUGACUCGCGAAUCAGAUCAAGCAUUGCGUUCUUUAAUUGAUGGUGUUAGCAAAAAUUUACGCGCAUUGUCCAGUUUAGGGCAACCCACCGAUCAGUGGGACACGUUAAUUAUUUACAUGGCUAGCUCAAAAUUAGAUAAUCAAACCAGUAUGAAAUGGGAGGAGCAUCGCAACACCUUAAGUGACAUACCUACCUUAGAACAAUUUCAUAAAUUUUUAAAGGAUCGCGCUGAUGUGUUGGAAUCAUUUAAUCAACAUAAAAUUCAAAACAGGCGUAUCACUUCAUCUCAUGGAGUAUCUGGCCCCAGUAGCAAUAAUAAUUACACUAGGAGUUCUAAGCAAAACAAGGUGUUUUCCUAUGUUACGCAACCGAGCUCUAAUAACAACACUAAUAGGUAUCGCACUCGCUGUAUAGUUUGUAAGGGUAAUCAUUUUAUUUACACUUGCCCUUCUUUUUUGGCCAAAUCCCCUGAACUUAGGAUAGCUGAAGCUCAAAGACUUCAACUUUGCAUGAACUGUCUCCGAUCAACCCAUAAAACCCGGGACUGCUUAGGUGGAACCUGCAGGGAGUGCGGGAAACUCCAUGCCACGAUUCUUCACAGGCCUACAAAUCAAGAACCUGCUACACCUGCACAGGGUUCGAGCGACACAGUCGCAGCUCAGACCGCCGUCGAGGAAAUAAGCGUGAAUAUUUCUAGACAGCCAAUUUCUCACGUUAUACUAUCCACAGUUAGCAUACGGGUUACGAAUCCUAAGAACUCAAAAUCUGAGAUUAUCCGAACACUUCUCGACAGCGGAAGCCAGUCCAGCUUCUUGACACAACGAGUUAAGGAGAGGUUAAAUUUAGAGGCGAUACCUACAGAUAUCAACAUUAUAGGUAUAGGUAAUAACACAAAUAAUUACGUCACUGAAAGAUGUUUUGUUCAAGUCAGUUCAUUACACAGUGACUACAAUACAAAUUUAUCGUGUUUUAUUAUGCCCGAGUUGACCGGCAACAUACCAAAGGCUUACAUAGAUCGUAAACAAAUAGAUAUACCAAAUCAUAUCCAGCUAGCUGAUCCCUAUUUUUAUAUCUCUGGACCAGUCGAUGCUAUUAUCGGUGCUGACCUAUUUUGGGAGGUCAUAGGGAACAAUAUUCAAUCUUUAGGCAAAAAUAGCCCAUUCAUUUAUAAUUCAAAAUUCGGUUGGGUUAUUUCAGGUCCAAUUUCAUUAAAUAACAAAAUCAAACAUACACAUUGCAAUUUCGUAUCAAGUAAUUCAUUAGAUGAUCGUUUAGAAAAACAAAUAUCAAAAUUUUGGGAAAUAGAAGAGAUGUCCAAACGGUCUCUAUUGAGUGACAGCGAGAGGGCAUGUGAGCAGCAUUUUCAGACUCAUACCACUCGCCUCGAGUCAGGUAGAUUUUGUGUCAGGCUACCUCUGAAGGAUUCACCCUCAGUUUUAGGAGACUCAUUCAGUCAGGCAAAGAAAAGAUUCUUGAAUCUUGAAAGGCGGUUUCGCAAACAACCCCAUUUAAAACAGGCCUACGCUGUCUUUAUAAAUGAAUAUAUAGACCUAGGUCAUUGCUCAGAACUUUCUAGCUUCACACCACGAUCAGGCUACUUCCUGUGUCAUCACCCUAUUUUCAAAAUUAGUGAAUCUACCAGUUUGCGUGUAGUUUUAGAUGGAACAGCGCCCUCUAGUAGCGGAAUUAGCAUCAAUAGUUUGCAGCUUAUUGGGCCGAAUAUUCAAGAUACUCUUUUUGCAAUCAUAUUAAGAUUUCGAUUUUACAAAUACGUUCUUACUGGCGAUAUCGAAAAGAUGUUUAGGCAAAUCUUAAUUAAUGAGCACGAUCGAAAUCUUCAGUUAAUCUUGUGGAGAGAUGAUGAAUCCCAACCAUUACGUGCACUACGACUAAAUACAGUCACAUAUGGGUUCGCCAGUGCUAGUUUUUUAAGUACUAGAUGUCUGUAUCAGCUAGGUGAAGAGUGCCCGGAUGAAAUCAUUAAAACAAUUAUCAAACGGGAUUUCUACUACGAUGAUCUUUUAACUGGCGCAGAUACAGAAGCGGAAAUAGUUCAUAUUUUAGAAUCGGUGCAAGCCACUCUUCAAGCGGGGUGCUUCAAUUUACGCAAAUUCCGAUCAAACUUACCUAGCAUUUUUCAAAGUACAAAUUUAAACUUAGAAGACAAUCUUUGUCUAAGCAAUUCUACUAGCGCUUUGGGGUUAGGAUGGAAUCCUAAAACUGACAUGUUACAUUUUUCAUGUCAAGUUCCAUCCGAUAAAACUAACAUCAUUACUAAGCGGCAAAUCAUUUCCAGUACAUUCAAGGUCUUCGAUCCAUUAGGGUUACUUUCUCCCGCAACUAUUCAGGCCAAAAUAUUGAUACAAAAAUUAUGGAUUCUCAAGGUAGAAUGGGAUCAACCCGUACCCACUGACAUUCUUAAAGAGUGGAAGCGCAUACAAGAAAAUACAGACGUAUUAUAUUCUAUACAAAUUCCGCGAUAUGUAAUCAGCAAAGAUAAUGUUAAAAUCGAACUUCAUUCGUUCAGCGACGCAUCUAUGUUCGGAUACGGGACAUGUAUCUAUGUAAAAACGAUCGACGCGUACGGUAGGUCGAGCGUUCAAUUAUUGUGCGCUAAGUCGAGGGUAGCGCCUAGCGGCAAGCCGAUGACGAUUCCCCGCCUCGAAUUAUCGGCGGCGCUCCUCGCCGCUAAGCUCUGCGCGUCCUGCCUUACGUCUAUACGUGCACGUAUAGCCAAUUGCGUACACUGGUGCGAUUCAAGCGUUGUACUCGGCUGGAUUAAAACCAGUCCGACCAAACUAAAAAUGUUUGUCGCGAACAGAGUUGCAGAAAUAUGUGAAAACACACAGAGUUCAUCUUGGCGUUACGUACCUACAAAUUUAAACCCGGCAGAUCUUAUAUCUAGGGGCAUAGACGCCAAUCGUCUACGAGACUCCACGCUUUGGUGGAACGGUCCUGAGUUCCUACUCCAGGAGCAACAUAAUUGGCCUACUUUAAAUUCGAAUAUAGUACAAGAGCUACCGGAAUUAAAAGUGCACUCAAGCAUUAUUGAACCGAAUUUAAUUAUAUUUGAAAAUCAUUCAAAUUUUACAAAAUUAAGUCGUUGCUUUUCGUACGUAUUAAGAUUCAUACACAACUGCACACAUCCGAAUUCAAGGCGUACUGGUAAUUUAACUACUAUAGAAUUAGAUGAAUCAUUCGCAAGGCUUGUUAUAUUUAGUCAGCUGUGUUCCUUUCAAAGAGAAUAUACUUGCCUGGCAAAUAAAUCAACAAUAAAUACAAAGAGCAAGCUCUUAUCACUUUCGCCAUUUCUCGACGAAAAUAAAGUCAUGUGUGUAGGUGGACGGCUCGAUUCAUCUGCAUACAGCUACGAAAAGAGACACCCGAUUGUACUAGACGGGAAACAUCACUUUACCAAAUUAUUAUUUCGCCGCGAGCACUUGCGCCUAUUGCAUGCCGGACCUCAGGCAUUACUUUAUUCGGUCAGAGAAACAGUCUGGCCACUGGGGGGAAGAUGCCUGGCAAGACGCACGGUCCGCGAAUGCGUACUAUGCAGGCGACUUCAAGGUCGAACUUUGAACCCCAUGAUGGGAAAUUUACCAUCACAGCGGGUGAUGCCUGCCUUUCCAUUUCAUACUGUCGGUAUCGACUUCGCGGGUCCGUUUCAGAUGCUGACUAGAAAGGGUCGAGGUGCAAAAACGAUUAAAUGCUAUUUGUGUUUGUUUAUUUGCUUCCGUUACAAAUGCGUCCACUUAGAAGCCGUAACUGACCUUUCCAAGGAUGCACUAAUUUUAACCAUGCGUCGCAUGAUAUCCAGACGCGGGAAACCAGCCCAGAUUUUCAGUGACAAUGGUCGAAACCUGGUUGCCGCAGCUAGGGAAAUUACAGAAUUUUUGAAAACAAAUCCCGUCAUAUCUGACUUCGCAGCUGACAACCAAAUUAAAUUUUCUUUUUUACCGGCGUACGCCCCUCACUUCGCAGGCUUAUGGGAAGCAGGCAUAAAAUCUGCCAAGCACCAUAUAAAGAGAUACAUAGGAAAUAACAAAUUAACAUUUGAAGAACUGAGUACACUCUUUGCGCAAGUGGAGGCUAUCUUAAAUAGUCGUCCCUUGUAUCCCAUGUCUUCCUCUCCUAACGAUAUGCUCCCUCUAUCCCCAGGGCACUUCUUGAUCGGCCGGCCGCUGACAAGUUUGCCGUCGCCGCAGAUCGAAGACAGCACCAGCACCAGCAGUCUUGACCGCUACGCGAGAAUCGAGAGCAUAAGGCAGCAGUUUUGGCGUCGGUGGCAAAGGGAAUAUAUUAGCGAGCUCCAGCAGCGCACCAAAUGGCGCACUAAUAAGGACAAACUACACGUCGGAGACCUCGUCAUUCUACAAGACGACAACCUCGCUCCACUUCACUGGCGUAUGGGCAGAGUGGUAGGAUUAUUUCCUGGUCCUGAUGGCAUUUCAAGAGUGGCGGAAAUAAAAACCACUAGAGGAGUCGUCAGAAGAGCUUUGACUCGGAUUUGCCCUCUUCUUUCGGAAACUUCAUCUUAAACACCCUCGGUGUUUCAGAAGGGGGAAUCAUGUCGGAGCGCUUUACAACCAUAGUGUAACGUCAAGUACGCAUAUAAUUAAUGUCAAUGUCAGUGAACUUUGCGUCAUCUGUCAAUGUAACUUGUCACACAAAAAUAUGCAAUAUCAUUCACUUCUUCAAAUACAACCUUCGCUGAG